AUGCCGACCUCGGUAGCUCAAGCGGCCAAUCCCGCCAGCCCUGCUUCUCCUAUCACUAGCCACAACAAGUUCAGCACAUUUGCUGGCUUGAGAGAGCUCUCAUCGCGCGGUCCUAGCCAAAAUGGUGCUUCUGGCAACUCGGCCAGCAAUCCUACCAGCAUUCGCGGUCUCUUUGACCAACAUGGUAACUCUACCUCGCUCAAUGCCAGUCCAAGGCUGCCUGACCUUGACGCCGAUGCCGGCUUGACAGACUCUGCAGCUGCUGCUGCACUCGGUCGGAAUGCUGAUGGUCCGUGGAGCAUCAGUGUAGCCGAAGCCAAGGACAAGCGGGAAGGGCGAAAGCGCAAACAAGUCCUUGCCACCUACGCCCUUUAUGUCACAACACCCACACACAACCUGACCCUCAUUCGCUCCGCCAACCAUAUCACCGAUAUGGACAGCAAGAUUCGUGAAAGCAUAACCAACACUUCCCUUCCCGCCUUGCCUGCUCUGCCUACAUCAUCUGCACCCCAGCUCAGUGGACGCAAGUUCUUCCAGACCAUCUCUCGUACCUUGUCCCCCGGCGCUUCCAAGAGUCGUGCCACUUUCGCCAACUUUGCUGGCGAGCCUACCUCGCCUGCACCUGGCGACAGUGGUUUUGAUGCUGCAUCACCGCCACCCUCAGCUCCACUCUCGCCUCAGCCGGAAGAGAUGUCCAAGCUUGCAUCCCACUCCACCACAACUCAACUCGCCACCUACUUUACUGCUCUCGCCAACAAGCCUGUCACACGAGAGCACAAGGCUUGGAAGCGCUUUGUUCGUGUUGACGCCGAUGACUUCCAGAGUGUUCGAGUGGAACGCCGCGUUCGCAAAGUACGCAGCGAUCUCGCCGAGCAUGUCAUGUCCUCCGUCGCACCCAGAAACACCAAUGUAGGCCUCGCUCCGGCUCAAUCUGAUCUCGAAGAUGGUGCUCCCACUGAAGACGACUUGGAUCUCGAUUCUGCUGACGAGUCCUCACGCGCCUCGGCCACACCAGCAGGAAGACUGAGCCGUGCUACUGUCACAUCACCAUCUGGCUCGAUGGACACUGCCUCAUCUGAUAAGCGUGCUCCUGCUGAUGACAGCCGUUCUACCAACACCAACAUCGAGAUGAUCCCCGAGGAGCAGAAUGCUGACGACUCGGAGGAAGCCAAUACCGAAAGGCAAGGUGGUGUAGAUAAGUCGAAUCGUAACCGCUCUCACCGUCGUCGCAAAGGCUCUAACAAGGUGACCGUCAAUGACUUCGAGAUGAUUCGCGUCCUUGGCAAAGGUUGUGCCGGCAAAGUCUUGCUCGUGCGACACUCGUCAUCGCGUGGUCUCUAUGCCAUGAAGUCGAUCCACAAGAGGCACGUGCUGGCACACCAAGAGUUGCAGCACACGCUGACAGAGCAAGCUGUCCUCAAGCGAAUGGCCAAGGAUGUGCUCGAUCCCUUUGUGGUGCGUCUCUGGUGGUCCUUCCACGAUCGCAACAACCUCUACCUUGUCAUGGACUUCCAUCCAGGUGGAGAUUUGGCAACACAGCUCUCGCGAUGGGGUCGUCUCGGUAGGGAUCGUGCACGCUUCUAUGCUGCUGAGAUUGUCGAAGGUGUCGAAGGCUUACACAAGGCCGGUGUCAUCUACCGUGAUCUCAAACCCGAGAAUGUGCUUAUCGGUGCCGAUGGUCACAUUGUGCUCUCAGACUUUGGUCUCUCGAAAGAGUUCAGCAGUCGCAACCGUUCCAUUGGCAGUGUCACGCCUCCUCCCACUUCGCCUGGUCGCUCGCACUCGAGCACCAACGUGCCCAAGUCCAGAUCACCUCAUUGGAUGUCGGCUUCAGACGAUGUAUCAGACUUGCCUUCGAGAUCUCCUUCCACUCGCUGGAUGGACGAACGCGAGACGACCACAACUUUCUGCGGCACUGCUGAGUACCUGGCUCCCGAGGUGCUUCAAGGGCAGCCCUACUCGUACGAGGUCGACUGGUGGAGUUUUGGAACCAUGCUCUACGAGAUGUUGACUGGCAUCACUCCCUUUUGGGCCGACACGCAUGCCGACAUGUAUGCCAAGGUGCUUCGAGAUCCCCUCGUCUUCCCUGAAGACCGUGUGCUCGAUCAGGACACAAAGAGCAUCCUUCGUGGUUUGCUGCAGAGGAACCCUCAGCUGCGUAUGAAGGAGCCUCGAAUUAAGAAGCACCCCUACUUCAGCAUGAUCGAGUGGGACCACAUUUUCCAUAAGCGAUACAUCCCACCCUACAUCCCGCCCAUCGAUCCUGAUAACGAGAUUGACACUCAGAACUUCGACGAGACUUUCUUGGAGAUGCAGCCGACUGUUGCACAUGAGGUCGACGCCAGCACCGACUCAGCGGCAGUAGCUACAGGAGAAGGUGGCACCGGUGAUGCAGAGAAUGGAUUCAUCACUGCAGAUGCUCCCUUCAGUCAAGGCGGUGCGGUGGCUGCGGCGACACCGGAUCAGAGCAUGGACGACAGGGAGGCGUCGGAACAUAGCAAUUUGUUUGAUGGCUACUCGUUCAGAGGGCGAAAGGACUCGGAGUCGAUCAUCUCCAUUCUAUCGACUGAUCAGCCGGAUGAUGGUGUCAUCGAUGCUGCCGCUGCCGUGCCGGGAUCACCUGUCAAGCCGGCUGGGUCAGAGAAGACCAUGCAUCAGCCUUGCUUAUCAUCAGCCACUUUGACGACUGCUGUAGCUGGUGUCGCUGCUGGUGCUGUUGCCUCUGAUCGUAAGUCAGCUGCGCAAGUGGAGCGACAACAGCCCAGUACUGCUGCUACAACUGCACCCCCUCAACCUUCCCCGCCUUUGAUCGCCGACGUCUCGAUUGCCGAAGAGGAAGACGACGAAGCUGCAGUUCGUGCUGCUGCUGCUGUGCUUGCUCAUUUGGAACACGAGGCCAGUAUGGAGGCUGUCUCGAUCGCCGGCUCCUCUACGGCAGGCGCCAUCCAGAACGACCCCGCCCAAUCUCACAGCCGCGAUGGCACUACCAACACCUCCGACUCGCAGAGUGAUCACUCAGGAGCAAGUCAAGUCCAAAGCUCACCCGCCAGCUCCUACGCCAGUCGAUCCGCAGCUCCACGCAAGAUGGCUCCCUCUGCCGUCGGACGUCCCAGCAAUGGUGCUAUUCGUGAGAGUGAUGAGGACGACGAUUGGGACAUGGUCGAACUCUCCGGUCCUGAUGGCGUUCUAAAGUCUGAGCUGAAUGGCGGCAAGGGUACCAACCUCUUUGCUCGUGGCGUAGUUGACACUUAUCGUUUGUUGCGACGUCAAGAAUCUUCUCGUAUCCCGCCAUCCUCGUCUCUUUCUUCGACUUCCAGCCGCCCCUUUAACCGUCUCGGUAAACGUCGUAACGGUCAAGGCGGCGGCGGUGUAUCGAUGCGUUCGAAAGCUUCCACUGGCGAGCUUACAACAGCUAGCAGUCUUAACACGGUUGCUCGUGCCAAUGCGCCCAGUAACACCACCACCAUCACCGCUUCUCCAACUCAAGAAGAAGGCGAGGGCGAGAAAGAUGCGAUCGAGAAAGCAGCCGCCAAACUCUCAGCUCCCAGUGGAAGGCUGUCAGCUCUCUCCGCAUCUUCGAACACCGAAUUGAACCGUCGUUCUGCUGCUUCACCGAGUCUGUCGGGAAGCGAAGAGAACAAACAUCAAGCUCGAUUGAAGAAGAUCAAGCGUUUCACGACGUUUUUUGAGACUGCUUCACAUCGUUGA